CAUUAGAGUUCCGACAACUUUCGAAUAUUACGACCGACUCAUUCCUGCCAUCUUGCGCCAGAAGUCGCUACAGCGUCCACUCCCUCCCUACGAUCGUGCUGGUCCGGAAGUCCAGUCGGAUGGAGAGUGUACCAACCUCGGAACUGUGAAGCACAAGCGUCCAGUCCUCGGCCCAUCGAUCGAGGCCAGCUCAACGACGUCCCGUCUCCUGCCAAGAUCUCUACUAUUCCCGACUCUACUGUGGCCCUUUGUAUCGAUGAUCCCUGGAAGUCUAGUAGUACACUUCAGAGUGUUUUUUGGGCCCUCGAUAAGGGCGCUUCCUGAGUACGCUGCCGCUCCAAGACGGGUGGAAUCGGAAGCUCACAGCUCUAUUAGUGCUCACGGUUGCAGAUUGCGCACUGGCAAGGUUCCGCCACUCACUGAAGCGUACAGGGGCGGAGCGAAGACCGAGGCUGUUCCGACCAUGCACCUCUCAGAAAUACCACCUCGGUGUCACCGUGUCACUCUCCGUCGAGUCGUCAAGCAGCCACUGAGCCCGAUAAGAGACCAAACUGGGCCAAGGGUGCAUGCACCGGACAACUCGAUCAGGACACCAUGCUGCCACUCUUGCAUAAUCCGGCAGUUAUGGUCGUGUACAUGCGACUUGGGAAGAGCAACCAGAACCUCGGGACAAGCUAUACUGUACCAGGUAGUCAGCCUUGGCAAGCCUGAUGGCGCAUAAGCUUGCUCUGGGCGCUGCGGGACAUGUCACUUUAGGCUCUCUCGUCGCGUGCGAAGCUGAUCCCGACCACUCUGGAACGAGCUCCUCGGACGUUUGGCAUCGAUCGAACGUUCAACCUGCUUUCAUUCCAAGAAGCCUUUGCGUAAUGUAAAGUUGGACCCGAUUGUCUCCGGGACGAACAUCAACGCAAAGCUGCAUUGCCGGGCGGCGAUUGUAGAGCGGACUGUAGUGCGUUUGGGCGUG